UCAGGUGUGAUUCUCGUUCUGUCCGGAGGGGGGCAGUAGAGGUCAAUGCGGAAGUUUGGAGAAAGACACGAAGAAGAAAAGUUAGUGUCACAAACAUUAGCCUGUUAGCUUCUCCGUCAUGGCGGAACUGAACAGACAGCUUCAGGAGUAUUUGGCCCAAUCCAAAGGUGGCGGCGCUAAAACCCUUUCCCAGUCCAGCACAACAGUGGACAUGAACGACCCGGAGCCGGUAUCCGGGAGCUGGUUCGGACAUUGGUCGAGUCCGUGGCCCGGAAACCGCGGCGGAAGUCCGUCCGGCCAGAGCUCCAGCGGUAACAGCGGAUUCUCCUGGCCGUGGUCGGCCGAGCCGGACCCCUGCCUGCCGGGCCUGAGCCGCCGGCAGCGGCUGGUGGCCUUCGGUGUGUGUGUGUCGUUCUCCGCGCUGUGCUUCGGCCUGUCUGCGCUGUACGCGCCGCUCCUGCUGCUCUACGCGCGGAAGUUCGCGCUGCUCUGGUCGCUCGGUUCGCUGUUCGCUAUCGCGGCCGCUGCGGUGCUGCGGGGCCCCAGCAGGCUCCUGGCCGGGCUGCCCACCUCCCCCGGAGCCGCCGUCUACCUGUGCGCCCUGGGUGGGACUCUGUACGCGGCUAUGAGCCUCCACAGCACCGUGCUGACCGCGCUGGGAGCCGCCCUGCAGGUCACCGUCAUCGUCGGCUACGUGGUGUCGCUGCUGCCCGGGGGCAGCGCCGGGAUCCGGUUCAUGGGGGGGAUGGCGGCGUCAGCCAUAAAAAGGACCGUCACCGGGAAAACAAUGCCGAUCUGAACCGGGACAGACCUCCAGAGCCAGCAGGCUGAAUGCACUAAAGCGGGGUCCCGGGGGCCUCUCCGGGGGCCCCAGUGUAUACAGGACCAACUUUAAAGCUGUCAGAACAUUCCUCUACAGGCGGAUGAUUACUGGCCUGUGAUUGGUUGAUAAGAGAACUGCCACGUGUGUCCUGCUGGAUCAACAGGCUGCACACAGGAACAACAACCUGAUAAACUGUGACACUUUGAAUUCCGUGUGUGUGUGUGAGAGAGAGAUAACUACAGGUGUGUGUGUGUGAUAAUAAAACAGUAAACACACACACCCUUGUUCCCCGUGUUUUCAGUGUGUGUGGAGAACUGUGACAAAUGCUCAUUUCAACCGUCUGCAUGUUUUUAUUAAAGUGUUGAUCAGAGACGGACUAACUUUAUUUUGCAUUAAAGGAUUCUUGUUUUGAAAUCUGA